CUUCGAUAACUAUUUACAUCAUAGUAAACGAUAAGUACAUAAAAAUCUCACUAAAUUCGAUGAAUAAUACUUGACUGUUGAAUUUCAUGGUUUUCAUUGCGAACUCAGCAACUAUUUCGUCCUAAUAUGUGACUCAUUAUUGCAUAUUUAUGAUCUCACCAGGAAUCGAACUCUGAACAUUCCGAUAUCCCUGUGAGCUCUUCGAUUUUAUUUCACGAAGUUGACUUCGGAGAAUUCACAUUUCUAAUUCCAGUUAAUAUUCAAUAUUGAUGUAGUCAUGGAUUUUCACUGCCAGUAAAUGCUAUACUACGACGAAGGUUGUUGUCCAGUAUUUCCUGGUUUUGAAUAAUACACUCACCAAAGUCAGUCUGUGAUGUGAAACGUCAAAUUUUUAGUUGAACCUUAAGCCAGUGCGUCAUCUUAUGGAUAAUGGAAGCUCAUGCAGUUAAAGAGAAACCUAUGAGUCAAUAAACAUUCAAGUACUUCGUUACAUUUAUAUCAAAGUUGUUAUUUUAAGGUUGGCAUUCACACUAACACUUUAAAAUAAUUGUUUAUCGGUCAUCCUACUCGUCACUUUUGCCACGAAUACAUCAUUACAAUGGGAAAUAUGUAUAAACAGCUAUACCUAUUACAUAGUGUUGUUAUUGUGGUUGUAUAGCGGUUUUCUGGAGGAGAUAUUAACAGUCUUUUUUAGUUUCCGUGGUGAAAUAAGUAACAUGUACAAGCAAAGUCAAAACAUCCAUCAUAUUACCCAAUACCAACUGUAUCAUAAGCUCACUGUAUAGUAAAUAUGACUUGAAGUAUGUGCUGCAUAAAGGAAUUUGUGAUUACUAUAUAUUGAAUUUAUGAUGCUUCACCUCUAAUAUAUACUUGUAAAACCAACUACUUUACUCAGACUUUUACACCUCUCGUCACAUUUAUUGUUGAAUAUCCAAUAAUUUAAAAUUAACCUAAAAGCAUUUACUUGUAAUUCAUACUUAUACAGUCAGUAAAUAGUAAUUUUUAUUUUUACUAUCAUUACGUAGCGUAUUUGAUUAAACUGCUGUCACUCUUGUAAACUGACGUGUAGUCUAAAGUAGUAACUUUCAGGAUAUGAUAUAUUUAUAUCUAUACCUUUAUUUUUCAUUUGUAAUUCAUUUGAAUUAGGCAAUGAUGAUUCAAAUGGUAAUACUAUGUAUAAUUUCAAUUCUGUCAUUUGCCUACGCUGAUAUUAUUACUACUACUACUACUAUUACAUUGAAUAAUUCGGUUAGUACUGUACAGCCUUAUUUUAGUUGUAAUAUGACUCAACGUGGUUUUCAUCUUCGAUUGCAUUGUGAUUUCUAUGAUUUUUCAAUUAGUUUACUGGAGGAUUGUCAACUUCAUGUACACUUACCAUCAGGUUUUUUCAUUGAUCCAUAUGAAUUAACUUCUAGUCAACCGAACUUAAAAUUUUCAAUUAGUCAAUCGGAAACACAACAAAAAUUACAUGAUACCAUUAAACAAUUUGUAAAUUGGUUUACAAUUUCUAAGUUGGAUAAGAAAAAUACCGAUCAUUCUGAUGAAAGUAAACAAUUAAUUAUUCAGAAUAAUUUGGUUGAUAUUGAAGCUCCAGAAUGGCUUGCUAAACCAUUAACAUUCAAAUUUAAUAUUAAUCAACUGGGGAUAAAUCAAUCAAUUAGUUAUUUAGAUUUACCUAUUCAUCUACGAUAUCAUCUUCCAUCAACAAAAACUGAUAACACUAAUGAUGAUUCUAUAUAUAUUACUCAAAUUAAACAUCCUAUACUCAAUUGUCCAAAAGGCAAUAACUUCAGAAAUAUAAACAGUCAACAGUCUUUCUCUGUUAUUGUUCCUAUACCUUUGUUAUCUUACCUUGUAUUUGUAAUGCCUAUUACAAUUUUACUGUUAAUUAUUAGUGUGAUAUAUCUCUUGAUGGCCUAAUCUAAUUCUCACAUCUAUAUAUUUAUUCCUUAAUUUUAUCGCUGACUUCAUAAAUACUUAUUAUUAUUUUUUUUUGUAUAUUUACAUAUCUUGAGAAAGAAACCAUUGCAUAAACAGCUUAUUUUAAUGACAAAACGUUAUUUCAUUUUUUUUUUAAUUCUAUUUUUCACAUAUGUUUUUUUUUCACUAAAGAUAUUCAAUGUUUAGAGUUCAUCAAUAUUG